ACAGGGAUCUGCAGGGCGAGUCCCGAGGGUGGUGGAAACCUCAACCUUCCUCCUCCAGAAGAUGCUGCGCUGCCAAAGCAAUAGCCACAGUCGCUCUUUCAAGCAGAGGAAGAGCCUGGCCAGUAGGAUGCGGGAAGCAACUGAAAUCCGGGCGAAGUACCCCACCAAGAUCCCGGUGGUGGUGGAGCGUUACCGAAAGGAGAAGCAGCUGCCUCUGUUGGAUAGGACCAAGUUUCUGGUUUCCCAGGACUCGUCCAUGUCUCAGUUUGUGAUCACCCUGCGAACUCGCAUGUCCCUGACCGCGACCCAGGCCUUCUACCUGCUAGUCAAUGACAAGGGCCUGCCGAGCAUGAGCAUGAGCAUGGGGGAGAUGUACCGCGACCACAAGGAUGAGGACGGCUUUCUCUACGUAACCUACGCUUCCCAGGAGAUGUUCGGCUGCUGCCGCAUGCAUGGCCCUGUGGUGACUCAGUCAUGAACCUGCCUGUUGCCAGCUGGUCUCUGUCGUUGGUUUAUCUUGUGAUGCAAACAACGGCAGGGGCUGAAAACCUCUUUCUUAACCUAAUUUUUAAUUAAAGUGCUGUGUGGGGACAGAGGAGGAGAGCAUGAAAGUCCAGGAGCUGCUAGCAGGAUCACUCUCCUGCCACAGCAUUGGGGACUUGAGUCUCUCUGAACAGAUGCCUGUUAGAAGAAUAACUUGUGACUAAAGCUAUGAAAUGUUUUUAAUGCCAGAACCACAUCCUAUUACUCUGAUCCGCUGCAAGGUUAUUCUCUUAACAGGCCUAUUCCUCUCCCUUUUUAAAGGAUUUCACUGCUGGAUGUUCUGGUUAGCAGCACUGGAAACUUAAGUUUAGUUUUAGCAAGUCUGCUCCUGUAACAGGGAUUGAUGUACCGGGGUUCCACGGCUGGGAUUUUUAAGCUUCACAUCUAUUAUCUGUAACGUCUCCUGUUUUUAAGUUUGAGUCCUUGGAAUAAAGCAAUCGAAAUGUGA